AUGGAAGGACACAAGGAAGAGCGGGCGCCGAAUGAAAUGCAGCAGGGAAGGACGAAUCAUCCGAACCCUAAUUCCGAUCUCAAAGUCAAAGUCAGCUCCAGUGCCAUCCCCGCUCUCUCCACCGGAAAUGUGAUGCCCCAGCCGCCGCCGGGGGCGGGGUCGGCCCCGCCUGCGCUGCCCCCGUUUGGAAACGACAAUAUCGCCUCCGCCGCCGCCUCCCUGCGCGGGUCGCAUCACCGCCGUGCCCAAUCCGAGCUGGCAUUCCGAAUCCCAGAAGAGCUUGACCUUGGUUCCAGCGACACUCUGUCGUCGGGCUUCGAAGAGAUCGGGACGGAGGACGAUCUGUUCUGCACCUACAUGGACAUCGAGAAGAUAGACUGUAAGGUAGGGGCGGGCGGUUCCAGAAGGGACGGUGGGAAUGCGAAUUCCCGGGAUUGUGCGGCGACAUCCGCGGAGAACGCACAGAAGAGGGGAUUAGAAGAAACGAAGCGAGACAAUUUGGCUACGACAGUCUCUUUAUCCGCUGCAGCGGUCCCUAGACCUAAGCAUCGCCACAGUAACUCGGUGGAUAGUUCGAUAAUGUACUCGUCGACAAUGUGCCCAACGGAAUGCAUACUUGGUGAGGUCGGAGAGGCUAAGAAGGCAAUACCGGCUGAGAAACUGGCGGAGCUGGCUGCCAUCGAUCCAAAGCGUGCUAAAAGGUUUUUCUUCAUUUCCCUUUCGAUUUAACAACUCUCUUUGAGUUGCUUCAGCUUCAAUUGUCUCUCUUCCAAAAAAAAUUCUUUUUUCCUGUGCUUAUAUUUUAGGCGAUGGAUUUUUUUUGUCUCUUAUCCAUUGGAUUAUCCCAUGGAUUUUUCCUAUGAAUUUUAGUAAUUUUCAAAGUACUAAAAGUCGGAUUUUUCCUUCCCGUGUAGCUGUUAUCUUUUAUCAUUUUUACGAUAAAUACGCAUGGUUGCUGAUGUCCAUGUUUCACGUUCUUUCACUGUUUUUUAUUUUUUAUUUUUUCUCGAAUUAAUGCAAUAAUUUACCAUUCCAGGGCCUUACUAUUUUCUCUGAAGUAGUUUUAUAGAUUUAUCUUUUGCAGAAUAAUUGGUUAUUUCUGCAUAUCCAGAGGACCUUUCUCCAUGCCCUCAACUUUCAUAUCCUUUUUUCUCGGUGGGUGGGCUAAUUAUGGGUCGCAGACUUCGCUAAAAUCUCUUUAAUACGAUCUUCAUUAGUCUUCUAACCUAGGUCUGAAUUACACAUAGAACUCAAUACCUGCGAAGGUUUCUUUCGUAAGAGGUGAGUGCUCAAUAACAGAGAAUAGGAUCCUAAAGAAGUAGCUAUGGCCUUAGAAUACCAUCAUUUGUAUCCAGAUAUCAUCAUCUCAUGUAAUAUAGUACAUUCUCAUUCUACAUAUCUGUCAAUAUAAAACUGUUGAAACCAGCUUGAAUCUUGAAUAUUGAAUUGCGUUUGAGCACAUUCUCGUUCCAGUAAAUGAUUUACACUGCCGCUAAAAUGUAUGAUUUCUUUUGCUGUUCUUUGAAUGUUCUUUAUUCUCUAUUCCAUCCAAUGUGCAAGAAAAAUUGUCAAAAAAAUAGCAGUCCUCCCUCUGUGGGAAGAUUUAUUUUUUUUUGUAAUGUUUUAAUGGGAUCAACAAUCACCUAAUUUCCGUCAUCCAAUAAAUGAAGACCAAAGAAAUAGCCUAUAUAUUUUUGUAUUAUUCCACCGCAAAAGCAAUCAUUUGAUAUACUCGAGUUCUCCAUUCUCAAAGGAAACAUCUAACAGGUUACAGUGAAACAAAUUUACUCCAGCUGUACUGUCCCGCUACUUGCCAGAAAACUAGACACUGAUUGGAUUGAAAAAGGACUUUGGUUAACGUGUGCUUAUUCCUCAAUCAAUCCAUCGAUGCCAUUCCACAGGUAAAUUUCUCACUGAAUUUAGAAAUAUAUGACGACACUAGAGAUUAAAAUAGCAAUUUUUAAGGUCUAACCUCUAACUACAAGUUUAUUAACCAUUCGUCGGUACUAAGCAUUCAUCCUCACCCAUGGCUCUUCAGAAAUCACUUUGUUCAUAAUGUCAUAUUUUCGUUCUCAGAAGAAGUUAGCCCAUGAGACCUAUUUAGAUUACCACAUUAAUUUUUCAUUUAUCUUAAGAGUCUUGUUCCUACAUUUUUUGGCCAAAUUUUCCUUAGAACGUGGCUAAGCUGCCUUUUAUGCUUCUCGAUCAAUGCGUUACGAAUAUCCUCUUCUUUCAGAAAAUGAACCGUGCCACUCAGAAAUGAGCUUGGUCAGUGAAAAGAUCUACUCCCGUUUGUUUCGUUAGGAUAUGCCUUUUUAAGUUUUGAAAGUGUAUAUGCAUUAAAGUGAUUAGAGUUGCCAGGUUAGUUUCAACAAAGAGUAGGAUUCUGUGAUUCUAGACUUCAUCUGUUAUCUUGUUUUCAAUCACUGAUUUUAAAUAUGAGAAAUAUUACUUCAACCAUCAAAUGUACUGUAUAUAACUUUAGAUCAUUAUAUUUUCUUCCGUUUAUCUUUUUCAGCCAGAAAAUUUUAAUCCUCUGUUCAGACAUCAUUCAAAUAACGUCUGUAUAUGUGUAGAUCCGUCUACCUUCCUUCCCGUGAGAAAACAAAAUUUGUCUAUUUAGCAUUAAUUUUGGAUAUUGGAAAAAGAAUACAAAUACGCAUGUCAAUUCACCAAAUCGUUGAGAUGGGUCAGUGCCGAAUUUAUCUUCUUACCUGAAGAAUCUACGCCUCCUGACUGUGUCCCUCUGUCAAAUAUUAGUCAGCCUUCAAAAGCGGGUAAUUCUUCUGAUCUAUGAAUGCCCAAUGAUCAUUUUUGGGUUGAUCCAUAGGAAAAACUCUGUAAGGCUGUGCAUUAAAGUUCUUUUCUUCAAAUAGCUCAUUUGUUGUUUUCGCAAUUUUAAUGAACAGUUUUUCAACACUACAGAAAUCUAUGCUUUAUUUUUAUUGAAUAUACCAGAACAUAAAUCUUUGUUUUAUCCAGCAUUUUUUCUGAUAAGUAGACUGCUGUCUGAUUCUUAUGUGCAGGAUUUUGGCUAACCGGCAGUCUGCUGCUCGAUCAAAGGAACGAAAGGCCCGUUAUAUCUCUGAACUUGAGCAAAAAGUUCAGGCACUUCAAACUGAAGCUACGACCCUAUCUGCACAGCUCACCCUGUACCAGGUCCAUGCCAAUCCUUUGUGAUAUGUCUUAAACUGAAAUCGUUAAAAUUAGGUUUUAACAAGUAAUGGUCCAGAGGUUAAAUUGGGUCAGCUUAUUGUUGUAAGUGUACAAAUCUGUGGCGUACCUAGUUUCUUCUAUAAUUCUAGAUUCCUUGCUCAACAUUUAAGGCCUAUUUCCAUGCAUAUCCGCUUACUUAUUAUUCAAUGCUUCAGGCUUAUUCUGGUCAUCUAUUUGAUCCUUCACCCUACCAUGCGUAUUUUGUACUAUCCUCUAUUAGAAUUUUACCAUUCACGUUAUUUUUGUAUGUCAUGCUGCAAUAAUCAAAAACACCCAUCUAGAAAGGCUCUGGUCUUAGAUAUUUUGGUUCCUAGGAUAAAAAAUAAUAAUAAUAAAUAUUUCAUUGUUUCAUGUUUCUAUUAUCUUAUCAAAUAUCACAUGGGUGUACGAUAUCUUAAUUACUCAUUUUUAAUUAGUACAAGUGAUAUCAGCUCGAAGUUUAAGGUACUUAUUGCAAUGUUUUUUUUCCCUAGAGAGAUACAUUUGGUUUGACUUCUGAAAAUGCGGAGCUCAAGAUAAGGUUCCAAGCUAUGGAGCAGCAGGCUCAGCUGAGUGAUGGUAAGUACACGUUCUAUGGUGUAAAGAGAUUUUCGGGAGUAGAAAUUUAUAUCCUGUUACUUCCAAAUUGAAAAACAUGAAAGGAUUGGAUUCAUAUACGGACUCAUUUGCUAGUUUUUGUAGAUAUAGGCAAGUUCUGUUCAUGUUUUCUGUGCGAAUUAUCACAGCAAGUGUAAUUAAGUCAUUGUUGUUGAUUAAUUGUGCAUGCAUCUCACGACAGACUGUAAAGUUCUUCUCACCAGAUUUGACAGUUUUUUAGUGCCUCUAGUCCCUUUAAAUAGUGGAGUUCGAUCUCGUCUAUCCAACUAGUUCUCAGUCUCGUUGUCCAUUCAUUUAUCCCACGACAACUUGUCUCCUUAUUCAUCGUGUCAAUUUGUCUAUUAUAUUCUAUUUGAUCCACUUUUCAAUCUGUAAAUCCAACAUUAAGCUGCCACAUUUUUUGUUCUUGGUUUUUGUCUCCUUUGUGUGACUGACUGAAUAACUCGUGGGCUCGAUUUUUUUGAUAUACAUAUUCGAUAACUCUGAUAGUUUUUUUGAUAUCCCUCAGGCUUUCGAUUUGUUCCAUCUUCUAAUUAAUCUUUUUCUUUUUCGUUUUAGUUUGUAGAGUUUUCUCCAUAUAACAUGACUUAACAAUAUGUUAUUCAACCAACACAACCUUCUGAGAUGGACCUGUCCCUCAUUGACUUUUAUGAUUUCUCUUGCUUUGUCUUUUGCGGACAUGGAUCCUUGUACUGAGUUGCACCAUUUUCUGCUCUCAUGCUGUCUUAUUUCUGUACUUGGAUAUGCUGUUCUCGUCCCAUGCCUUUUAGCCUCAUAAUUUUGAGUCAGAGUUAACCCCCAUCAUUAACCCUUGUUGUGACGGUCUGGCUUCCCCAUUAUUCAGAGCUAUUGGCACGCCUGCUAUUGGCCAUGGAUCGCCAUCACAUGUGAGACCUUCUUGAUCUUUAUGAAGUUUAGAGUGGGUUACUUCCAGCCGGAUGAACAAACUCAAGUUCCGAUGAUUUUGACCUGGGAAUGAACCAAACUUGAUUGGUGUGUAAUUUAUUCGGGAAAGGGCUAGCAUACCUAUAUUCACGCCUUUAUUGUUGCUGCACUUGACGGUUACUCUUUGUUAGAUUUAUCCGAAAGGCGACUAACAUCAUUUUUCUUUACGGAUUUCAUAUGCCUUGCCAUUUCAUCUUUUAGAAUGAGGAAAGCCUUCUCCCUUUGGGAGGCCCAAUGCCGUAGAUGCAUCAUGUAUCCCAAUGCCGUAGAUCAUACUUCUCGUUAUAAUUAUCAUAUUGUUACCACAUAUUUUUAUUAUACAUAUUAUGAUUUAAGUUGGUUAUUAUCUAAUUAUAUAUGAAAUAAUACUGUGGUCUAUUUUUAAGCCUAUGAACUCGUCAUAUCUGAUGACAGUACCCUCAGAGUACUGCUUGUAAACCAAUAAUGUUAUAGUAGUUAAUAUUUUGCAGUUGAAGUAUAGUUGUUUGACAUAGAAGUCAGUAAUUACCACAUGUUUUAGACUGAGAGAGUGGACUACGAUCUGUCAUUAUGACAGAGGGCAGCUAAACAGAAUUUGUUUUUAAGGGGUCUUCUAGCAUCACUUUGGACAUUGACCCUUCUCUUUUCGAACAGCAGAGAAAUAUUCGACACUGUACAAUCCAAAAAAGUUGUGAUACCAUUGUAAGUUCAGGUUUUAUCAAUAAUGUUAUGUUUCUCAACCUUAUGCCAUGUUCUGAAGACAAUCAGACACAAUAGAUGGUCAAAUUUUUAAAGGAGAAAUCAUCAAUUCCAUCUGUUUUUUUUUUUUUUUUGCACAGACCCCAUAUGUGAAUUUUCAUGCUGAGUGGUAUAAACAGGUGGAAAAUGUUGACCUUUUUUUUUAAUUUGGGAGAUUUUUAUCAUUCAUCUUUCUGUUCUUGCCCUCUCCUUUUUCCUCUUUUUCGUAUUUUAUUAAUGGUAGGCAGGAGUUGACUGGAAUCAGACCAUCAACGACUGCAAUUUGGUCAGGCGAAUUUGAGAUGCAUUUUGAUGACCUCAGUGUAAGGAGCGGCUGGGUGGGGCAAUUAGACAGGAGAGGGGUUCAAAUGAUAAAGAAUGGUUGAUCAAAGAGUUCUACGGCCCUAUUAGUUGAAGAAUGGAUGAUCAAUAUCACUAGAUUUAACUUAUGUCGUGAAUUUUUCGUUAGAUACGAUGUAAUGUGGUAACGUUGUUGCCUUGCCUCUGACCUGUAAUGGGGUUACUUUCCAUGGAUUUACCUGCGGAUUUGGAAGCAGGGUCAUGAUAUCUGUUCCCAUCCUGCUGCGAGAUCAAGAUACAUUAUCUCUUUUAGAGCCCUGAUAACUUAGUGCCCAAAACCAAACAAUAGGUUACACACUAGAUAUAUUUACAUUUUGAAUUUAUAAACUGGCCCCUCCCAAUGUUCUGAAGCAAUGGACUUGCAGACCGUGGAUAUCUUGCUGUUGCCCACGUACCCUUCUACUUCCUGCCUCUGAAAUUGUCCUGCUUGUCUCCAUAUGUACGUGGAUGGUUUCACCUUGUCAGUUGGUCUGGCAAUACCAUUGAUGACCUGGUUUAUUGUCACAUAAAUUGCAAGGACAGAGACUUUAAAUUGACUACCAAAAGCGGCUACGACUGUUCAUCACUUCCACUUUCGUUUUCCUUUUUAAUCCUUCACGACAGGAAAGAAAUCAGCCGUGAAAUUUGUUUAUUAGCCACCCAAAAAGAUGUCGAACUGACAGAAUCUUGCACCCUGCUGCAGGUUUUGUAAAAACUUGGUGGCAUUUUGUCAUGUAUCUUGGUGUUUGCAGUAUUAGUACGGAUUUAGUAGAAUGAGAAUAAAAUAUUGAGCUUUCCUGAUCCUUUAUCUUCAUCUGAUCAUCUGCUGAACGAUAACGACAGCACUGAACGAGGCUCUGAAGAAGGAAGUCGAAAGGCUCAAGCUUGCAACGGGGGAGACGCUCAGCCCUUGUGAGGCCUUCAACGUGGAGCUGCACCAUGUGUCCUACAGCCCAUCCUUCUUUCCACCGUCUCAUCGGCACUCGGGUAUUUCCCAUGGGAUCCAGCUGCAGCAUCUGCUCCAUCAGGCACAGCAGAACUUACAGAACCACCAGUUUCCUGCGCGGUCCAAUGGCCUCGCAGAUUUCUUGCAUCAAGAUCCCCUUGGGACUUUGCAGGGGCUGGACAUCACCGGGGCUUCGUACUCGGUCAAAUCCGAGAGCCCCUCCAUUUCUGCGACCGAGAGCAGCACCACCUUCUGA